UGCUGAUAAACUCCCACUACACUGAUCUGGAUAUUUCUACUCUCCUAGGACACACAAUGUGCAAAGGACUAUCAGCACUCCCUAACAACUGCCUGGAAAGGGCUAAAGGGUUAAAAGCACGCAUGAACAGCUUUCUGCAGAAGCAAGACUGGAAGCUUCUUUUCUAUGCUUACAAGCUGAGAAAACCAAGACUGACCUUGGAGGAAUGCUUGACGUGGAAGGAGUGUUUUGAAAAUCUGCUAUCUAGCAAACAUGGACUGUAUGCCUUUAGAGCUUUUCUGGUGUCUGAAUUCAGCGAGGAGAACAUCGCGUUCUACCUGGCUUGCAAGGAUUACAAAAACACAAAGUCUGAAGCCAAACUCCAGGCCAAAGCUCAGAGGAUCUACAACGAGUUCAUCGGAAGCGAAGCUCCAAGAGAGGUCAACAUUGAUCACGAGACCCGAGACAUUACACAAGCCAACAUCAAGCUCCCUACAGCAACCUGCUUCGAUCAAGCUCAAUACCGAAUCUACAUCCUGAUGGAAAAGGACUGCUACCCACGAUUCCUCCGAUCUAGCGCUUACCGUGACCUGGUGAGCCAGCUAACUAAAAAGAACGCCAAAGCUGCUACCAAGAAAGCCUGAGCAGCUUUUUGUUUUCCCCAAAGAAGAUGAAGGGACAAGAGAUAAAGUGGUGAACCUCUGGUGAAUAAAGUGGGAGCCCAGACUUUUUGAGAUGGCCCCGGUGCUGAUCUUGAUAAAGGAGAGCAGGCCCGUAAUUGGGGGAUGAAGGCAGAGAAAGGUGGCGGCUUCAGAUCAUAAAGUGUAGCAGCCUCGAUUGGGAGAAGACUUCCACGCUGUGUCUCUUUCAUGGGAUGAAACAGAAAGUCACAGAAAGGACUCCACCUUAGCCACACAAACAUGCUGGGAGCAACCAUCCAAUAAUAUUGGAUAUUCAAAUAAGCUCUUUAAAUUACAAUAAAUAUUUUUAUUUUUUUUCGACACUUACAUUCCGAUGAGGAGGCUAAUAAAAUGGCAAUUAUUUAUUACUAUAUUUAUUGAUAUAUUUAUUUAUUUACCUUUUAGCUAAUAAACAAAGUCUUUUUUUUUUUGGAGAACGUGUGCAAUAUUUUCUUGACUGUACUUUCUGAGGUGAAUAUAUA